UCAAUUUAUUUUAUUCAACUGUGACCUAGCAACUGAUAUAGGAGGGUGUGGGCGAGGCUCGAGACGAAGAGCGGCCAGCAGCAGAAGGAAAUGGACGCCGUCGGUGUGCUCGCAAAAAUCCCCUCUGCUCUACCCAAAACUCUCGCAUCCCCGCCAAGGCAUGCCGCCGUUCGCGCUUCACUCCGUGCCCAUGGCGUCGCCCAGACCUUCUCUCUCCCCUCGCACGCAGCCUCGCAGCCCCUUCGCUUCCCCAGCCUCAUCCCGUCUUCCUCCCGCCGCCGCGCCGGCCGCCGCGCUGGGACCAGUUCUACGCGCGUAUUCCUCACCCACCUCGUCGCUUCAAUGGACGGGGUUGAGGAGACUUACAUUAUGGUAAAGCCGGAUGGUGUGCAACGCGGACUGGUUGGGGAAAUCAUUUCCCGGUUUGAGAAGAAGGGUUUUUUGCUCAAAGGCUUGAAGCUUUUUCAGUGCCCGAAGGAGUUAGCUGAGGAACAUUAUAGGGAUCUCAAAGACAAGUCUUUCUAUCCCAAGUUGAUAAAUUAUAUCACUUCAGGCCCGGUUGUUUGUAUGGCUUGGGCAGGUGUUGGUGUUGUUGCAUCAGCACGUAAGCUCAUAGGAGCAACGAAUCCUCUUCAAGCUGAACCAGGAACAAUACGAGGUGACCUGGCAGUUCAAACAGGAAGAAAUGUUGUACAUGGAAGUGACAGUCCUGAGAACGGUCACCGUGAAGUUGGUAAAUUUGGGGCACUCAAUUUCAAAUCCUUUUAUUUCCUUCUACUUCAUCUCUGGAGCUACGUGUAUACUCUGAUGUUGAUUGGGCUAGUGAUCCUACGGAUCGUAAAUCUACCACUCGCUUCUGCAUUUUUCUUGAUGAUUCCUUCAUUUCUUGGAAGAAAAAGGGUAAAGAAUGGCUAAACUAAGGGGAGCAGCAGGAAGGGCAAGUGUGUGUGUGUGGUAGUGGCAUGGUGGAAGUGAUCUGCUUAUGUUUUCAAGACUUAUAUAUGUUUUAAACUUUUGCAUGUGAACUUAUACUAUUUCCUAUUGCAUGAAACCUUGUUAGUUAUCAUGAACUCUAGAGAAUAAUAUCCAUCUUAGUUCCUUCAUAUUUGGUACACUUUAUGCUCUAGUUAAACAAUCAUGUAUUAUGUUUCAAGUGGUA